UACAUAUAAGUAAAAUUUCUUAGAAAGACUGAUAGCCACUCCACUUUUCGGCAACUUCUCUUCAGACACUGUGACCAGACUCACGAUAGAACGUGGUGAUCGCUGCAAGAAAGGUCGCAGAGGAAUGUGGCACUUGAUCUUCUUGUUAAUCGGUAGCGCGAUGGCCGGUGAAUCCGGACCGGAGUCGCCGCUAGAGUUCUCCGAGACAAUCAAAAUCGAGGCGCCGCUUCCUUAUGAGGAGGCAUUUCCAACCCCGCUUCCUGGUUUGCUAUAUCCCAGAGAAAGUGAAUCCCGAGAGGUAAAAUCACUUGACGGAUUAUGGAAUUUCGUUUAUGGCGUUUCGUCUGAAGGAGAUGUACUAAAGGGUUUUUCAGAAGGAUGGUUCACUGAUGACUUAUCGAGGGUCGGAGAAAUGAUGAAGAUGCCAGUACCCUCGUCCUACAAUGACGUUACAACAUCGCGUAGUCUCAGGGACCACCUCGGUGUCGUGUGGUACCACAGGACCUUCUUCGUGCCCUACUCUUGGAAGGACGAACGCGUCUUCGUCAGAUUCGGCUCCGUCCAUUACCUCGCACAAGUAUGGGUAAACAAUGCUUUGGUGACCAAUCAUGAAAUGGGUCAUCUGCCCUUCGAAGCGGAGAUCUCGUCAUUUGUGAUCUACGGUGGCAUGAACCAUAUUCUUGUCGCUGUGGAUAACACUCUGGGGCAGAAUAGCGUGCCCCAGGGUAAGGUCAUACAGGUGAAUACCGACAAUGGUACCAAAUACUUGCAGACCUACAGUUUCGAUUUUUUCAACUAUGCCGGUAUACACAGGUCCGUUUUGUUGUAUACCACGCCGCGUGUCUACGUUAAGGAUAUCACAGUAAGGACAAGCCUGAUCGGCGAUAUGGGAAUUGUCAAGUAUACCAUAGAGGCGGGUGGGAUGAACGAAGGGGAAAUACCUGUCUGCAGAGUCAUGUUGUUCAACGCCGAGAACACUUUGGCCAUCAAGGAGCCCGUUUAUGGUACAUCAGGUACCCUGAAGGUCCCGAUCGCCAGACUCUGGUGGCCUAGAGGCAUGAACCCCAAUCCAGGAUACCUAUACACUUUGGAGAUAAGAUUAUCAGUGGUAAAUCUCACCAAACCAGAUGUCUAUCGAUUACCGAUUGGCAUCAGAACACUCGCCUGGACUAAUACGAGUCUCUUGUUGAAUGAUCGGCCGGUGUACAUGCGUGGUUUUGGCAGACACGAGGACUCGGCUAUCAGAGGACGUGGUUUUGACCUCGUCACUGCUGUCAGAGAUCACGAUUUGCUUCAGUGGGUCGGUGCAAACGCCUAUAGGACCAGCCAUUAUCCUUACAGCGACGAAGUCCUUGAUAUAGCCGACAGAUUGGGUUUCCUCAUAAUCAGCGAGUGUCCUUCCGUCGAUACGGAGAAUUAUUCGCCGUUAUUACUCAUGCGUCACAAGGAUUCACUGUCGGAGCUCAUUCGCAGGGACAAGAACCGACCCUCCGUAAUCAUGUGGUCCUUAGCCAACGAACCGAGGACCCAGUUGUUCCAGGCCGAAGAGUACUUCAAACAGAUCGCUCAUCACACAAAAGCAAUCGAUCCUACCAGACCAGUUACUAUUGCCCUGGCUCGUGGAGUGCAAGAAGACAAAGCAGGUCAGUUUCUCGACGUGAUCAGCUUCAAUCGUUAUAACGCCUGGUAUAGCAAUGCCGGUAGACUGGACAUGAUUACUGAUAGAGUUCAAGGGGAAGCUGAGGCUUGGCAUAGAAAAUAUAACAAGCCGGUACUUAUGUCCGAAUACGGAGCAGAUACUAUGCCCGGUCUGCACGAGCUACCGGAAUACGUAUGGAGUGAGGAGUACCAGAAGGAAUUAUUUUCCAAACACUUCGAAGCUUUCGAUCGAUUGCGAAGCCAAGGCUUUUUUAUCGGCGAAUUCAUCUGGAACUUCGCCGAUUUCCGCACUGCACAAACGUAUACCAGAGUGGGCGGCAAUAAGAAAGGAAUUUUUACAAGAGACAGACAGCCAAAGAUGGUAGCUCAUCACGUUAGAAAAAGGUAUCAUGCUCUCGCAGUCGAAUUGGAGGGUGCACAGAUACCUAAUGACUUCGAAGACUAUUACUAUUCCUCUCAACACUUAAAACUCUGACUGAAUAUAAAAAAAAGAAAAAAUUAAAUGCGAUAAUUGUUUCGCAAAAAAUCUUAAUUUUUGACAAAAUUGCAUUUUAUUUUAUCAUUUUGUACAUGGAUACGUAAAAGUUGC